AUGGCGGAGCAUUUGUUCCUUCCUGACGAAGCCCUUAACCCUCUUUGGAUCGAGUAUAACGGUCCGCUAUAUGAUGGAGGGUAUUGGGACCAGUUCCCAACUCGGCAUGGCUGGAAAUUGGAAACAGGAGCUGAAAAGUUCAGUCCACGCGCAAUCCCGGAGAGAUUUCACUCUGGAAUAGAGUGCUGGCUCUAUUUCGGCAUGCUUCACCAUGUGUUUGGAAGCCAGCUGGACCAGUCAGAUUUUCUCCUGCGCAGGUAUGCAGAGGCUCAGCAGUACAUAACAACAAGGCAUAUCCAUAAAUAUGUCAACAACGCCAAGGAAUGGAAGAAGAGGAAAUUUGGCGAGCGAGCUGUUGAGAUUAUCAAGAAAGUAUGUGAGAAACUUUCUGAGUACGGAGUUUAUUAUGUACGAGAUGAAAUGGCAUUGGCCAUUCGGCUGGUCUGCUAUCUUCUCUGGCAUCUUGCUGUCAAGCGAGAUGGUUCUCAGACCCAGACACCUCGUGUUCAGCUAUGGAUUCUCAGCAGAGAGUUUGAGUCUAAGCGAAUGACCGCGGAGGGAUGGUGUCCCUUGGAGGUAGAGAAGUGUCGCAUGACCGGUGGUGGAGUAGAAACCCCGGUGUUUCUGCUUCAAUUAAUGCGUGUCAAAGCCAGUUGGAACACAAAAAUGCACGGGUCUUGCAAGAAGGGGGAGUGUGUGGCAAACAAUGUCGAUGAGAGCGACUAUGUCACUCGACACGUGUAA